AUUUCCCGCCAUUCAGUCUGCUAUCUUCUCCUAUCUCUCUGUCUCCUCUCGCUUUCAUGCCACCUGUAUCAGUAGUAUGGCCGCUGUACCGGAGAACGGCACCGUUGACGCUCCGCCGCUCAAUGACAAUGUCAAAAUCGGAUUCCAACGCCCGGAGAUGUACUCCGAGAAACUUUCCGGCACCGCUAUUGCAUACAACUGUCAUGUAAUCCUUUGUUAUAAGACUCAUGAACAGUGGCCGUCGCGAGUUGAAUCGUCUGACGCUCAUCCGCUGCCGAAGGUGCUUGCCGGAGCUCUGAAAGCUCGGAAGAACGACAUUCCUAUGAAGACUUUGUUGACGAUAUGCGACGAACGUGAAGGUACAGUGGUGGGUGGUCGGAGUUGA